UGCUUUAUUAUCAUGCUCUCUUAUCUAUCGUUAUUCAUAACAAUAUCUUAUUUUGUGAGCAUUAAAAAUUAGUUACAAUUAAUAAUAUAUUAACAAGUGUUAAAGUUAAAAUGGAUAAUAAGUAUGAAUAUUUUGAUAAGAUGUAUGAGGUUACAGGAAAUAACUCUAAAUUUGGACCACCCUCAAUAGGAAUAUGCACUAGCGAAGGAGUGGCUCUUGUCUCAAUGAAAUCCAGAAAAUCAAAAUUAAUGAUAACAGAAAAUAUGGAUACAAUUUAUAUGAUAGAUGACCAUAUAGGAUGUGUUUUGUCUGGUCGUAUUGCGGAUGGUCGUGUGCUUAUAGAUCAAGCUCGAGUACAAUGCCAGAAUCAUCGGUUUAACUACAAUGAGAAAAUGCCGGUACAAUCAUGUGUACAAACAGUAUCAGCGAAGGCAUCAGAGUUUGGCAAUGUUAAAGAUUCUUCGUUGGGACGUCCUUAUGCAGUGGAGAUGCUAUUUGCCGGAUUAUGCAAUGAUAAGCCACAACUUUGGCACAUGGAUUCUUCGGGUACAUACAUGUCUUACGGCAUAAAAUCUAUUGGUAACAUAGACGAAACACAACUUGAAACUUUAUGUACAGAAGUGAAUAGCAAACAGAUAAAUUUAUAUAUUGCUAUAUCUUUGGCGAAAAAAAUUAUAGGUAUGGAUUCAGAUGUAUUUAUUUUGCAAAUAUAGGUAUGGAUUCAUAUGUACUUAUUUUGAAACCGUAACCUGUUGAAAGUAAUGAUGGAAGCAACGUCGAAUGUCCUUUGCUAUAUUCGAAAUUUAUUACUUAAGAACCUAGACAUUGUGUAAGAGUAAACAAACUAUGUGAUUGUACUGUACAUAAAAUGUGUUUAUAAAACUUAUAAAUAAAAUUUGUAUUUUAAUAUCUAAA